AUGGACAGGGUUCCGAGUAAGGACAUAGAGAGGAUGAUGACAUUCAUCAACCAUGAGGCAGACGAGAAGAUCAGGGAAAUGAAGAUAAAGGCUACACAGGAGUACAAUGCCGAGAAGGCCAGAAUAAUUAAAGAGGAAACAACUCGAAUAGAGAAUGAAUUUUUGUUGAAACAGAAAGAAAUUGAGAAGAAAAAAGUAAUGGCAGAGAAUUCGCUGAUAAACAUGUACAAUCAGAAGUAUCUUGAAGAAAAAGUUAAAAUUCUAGAUGAAAUCUAUGGGGAGACACUGAAGAUAUGCUCCUCAAGACCCCUUAAUCCUUCUCUGAUAGCUGAAUGUGCUAGGAAAAUAGAUGGGGAGUUCAUUGUAUAUUGCAACAAGAAGGACAGGAAGGUGGUGGAAAAGGAGUGUAAAAACUCGGAGAUCAGGGAAAUGGUUCCAGAGGGUGUGGGGGGAGUUCUUCUGUGCUCAAAGGACUAUACCACAAUUGUAGAUAAUAGCUUUGCAUCAAGGCUUCAAACAAUAAGGGACGAGUUUGAGGCAGAAGUUAAUAAAAUUAUCUUCAGGUAG